AUGUCGGCACUUGACGAAGAUUGUUUGGCAGUAGUUUUUGACCUCCUAUCAUAUGAAUCACAUACUUUGUAUUGCUGCAUCCAAGUUAAUCGUCUUUGGUUUAGACUUGCAGCACCAUUUUUGUGGAAGCGGCCAAUGGCUUCAUUUAAUAGCUUUUCUUUCUCACACGAAUCUGGAUAUCUGAAGACAUCUUCGUUAAUAGAAACCUUUUUCACUUCACUCAUUUACAAUGCACAACAGUUGGACACGAGCUUCAGCGGAACUCGAGUUGCUCGUCCACUUUGCAAUUAUGUUUCCUUUAUUCGCGAACUUGAUAUUGAUUUAAUACGACUGGCGAUAAUUGGAUGGCUCUGUCACACUUACACAGAUUCUGAGCGAAGACGUAAAAUGGUUAGCAUACUGUUAGGACGGUUUAUUUCUCAAAUUAAUAGCAUUUUCAUGCCCAACAUUCUAGAUGAAAUAUAUGUACGAACUGGCAAGAUGUUAAUGACUCAAUGUACCAAAAUGUGGUAUCUGUCGUUAAACUCAUUCUCUGAAACCAAAGAAUCAUUUAUUGAUCCCUAUCCCCCAUCAUCAUAUAAAAUUGUUGGCUAUCCUGGUGCCGAUAAAUGUUUAUCACACCUGGUUGGUCUCAGCUGUAAAGCUAAUGAACAAUUGAUUACUAUGUUAAAUGGGAUUUCUGUGAUAGCCAAUAACAUCCGAAUCCUAAAGAUCGAUUGGUCAAGGGGUACGAAACCAUCGGGCUUCUAUCAGGAAUCAUCGGAAGCCAAGGCAAUGACAGAUUUCAUCAAAUCUCAGAGUUCUUUGUGUGACAUUGAAUUAUACAAAUUCCAUAUCGAUAGCCCUUUUCUAAUGAAUAGGCUGACUACCAUCGCCAACUCCUUAACAAAACUUACAUUCAGGAAAGUGACUAUUGGUGAAUUCCAGUGCUUUUCUCCAAUCAGUCAAUUAGUAAACCUACGAGAGUUGGCAUUCAUCGAUUGCGAAUUUUGGAACGAUGGCAGUUCGCUUAAUCUAUUGAAGUUUCCUUAUCUCCAUUCAUUGGAAUUAAAUUCCAGUUACCCACUGCAAGUUUUCUUGCCUUCGUCAGAAUCCAAUAUUUCUUCGUCAUGGCCUGUUGCAGAUCUCGACGAUGUUGACUCACGAGACCUCAGUUCAUCCGAUGAUUCAUUGAAAGAAAACUCAAAUACCCCACUGCGACAUUUUACCUUUAUCCAUAUUCCUGCCACUGAGCAUAAACUAAUUCUCCGAUACAUAGCAUGCAAUUUUAACAAUGUCACGCACUUUACGUGCAACGAAUUUAUUCAUGAUUUCAGACCCUUCAAUCAGUUUUUCGCGUUUUGCAAGUUUCUCAAGAAGAUCAUCAUCAAAAAUAAAGUUUUCCGCACUGGGGGAGAAGCCGCUGAUACAGUCACCGAGACUGUAAUCGAUGAUUUCUUCCUUCAAGUAAAGCAUCCACAUUGGAAAGACCUCUAUCACCUUGAGCUACAUGGAUAUUUUUAUUUUUCGGUUGAAUCCUUAGAAACUUUUUUCAAAAACUCGAAGUUCAGAUUGUUGAAUUUCGUGAUCAAGAGAUCACUAUGCUUCGGAAACCAGCAUCUCAAGGUGCUGUUGGAUCACCAGGGUGAACAUUUGAAAAAGGUUCGAUUGAGUGGGAAUAAGAAGCUAUAUAAGAAUCUACGGAAUAAAGCAAUCAGUGAGUACGAAAUUGAUCUAGAUUACAAGUUCUUUACCAACAAAGAUAUUUGA